AGAUGGAUGAUGCAUAUUCAAGACAAGCCUCUACUCCACCGGAUCGAAAGAGCACGUUAGAAUCAAUGCGAAAUGAAAACAUGAACUUUGUUGAGUAAUCUUAAUUAGAUAGUCUAUAGCUCAAACGAUGUGAUUGUGGAGUAUUACAAAAAUCAGUAGAUAAAUUUAUUAUGGCUAGAUAAGUGAGCGGAUUGGACAGAUAUUUUUUAGAGAUCGAAUAGUGGCUCGAUGAGGAUAAAACAUUACAUACCAACACUCCAUUGGUCCUAGAAGCCGAUGAUGGAAUAGGAAAGAAAACGCUCUUGGUAAAGUGGAUGGAAUACCAUGCCAGAAAUAAAAAAGGAGUAAGAUUAUAUUAAAUAAUAGCGAUAUCCUGAUUUCAUCAUUCCUCAUUUUGCCACUUAGUCAGGAAAAAAUAGCAAUUAUUAUUAUGCAAUAUAUAGAAUCCUAAUCAAAUUAAGAGAAGCGUUGAAUAUUAAACAAAAAGUGGAGCUCUUGGAAGAGAAAUUAAGACGUUACUUUUAAUAUUGGCUAGAAAUAUGUAGUAGACAAUUAGAAUAGCAAAUUAUCAAUGGAGCAGAAACAAUCUAUGAUAAAGUAUUUCUUCCUAUUAAUAUAACAGGUUAUUCUGGUGUUUGAGGGCAUUGACAACUUUAGAGAAAUCCUGGAUAUGCAUAGAGAAGCCAACGUCAAUUUUUGGUUGCCAAAAUACUUUCCAACUAAUAUCAAAGUAAUUGUAACUGCUGAAAGACAAUCCUCUUCGAUGAGAUUACUUAAACCGGAUUGCCAAGUGAUUCCUAUUGUGUCUGAUAAAGCAUACAUGAAAUAGAUGGUUAAUAAUCAUUUGGGGAAGAAUUUAUUUAUUUAAGUAGUCAAAUUUUAUAUAUUUAGAAAUUUGAUCAUAUUUUAGAUAUCUUCAUACAACUCAAUUACAAAGUUAGAAAUCAACCACUCUUUGUAAGAUCCUACUUUUCUGUAUUUGUACCUUACCCAACAGAUGGAGUUGUUGAAGAAAAUGAAAUAGAUAUUUCAUUCAUUGAAAACAUCCUGAACUCUCUAACUCUUGAUCACUUCAAGAAGAUGAAGGUUGUUGAGGAUCUAUUUCAAUUCCAAUUAGAAAUAUUCUCUAAAGCAGAAUUGCUUGAUAAAGAAAAAUUCAAAAAUGUCCUUCUUGUCUUAUCCCUAACCUAAAAAGGAUUGACAUACUAAGAGAUAGAAUCAGUUUGUGAUAUCACCUAAUAGGAAUGGAAACGAUUUCUUGUGUUCUUUAAGGUUUAUAUAAUGAAACAUAGAGAUUUAUGGUUAAUACACAAUGAAAUAUUUAAAAAAGUGGUUAUCAAUCAAUAUUAUACAGAUGUACAUAGUAUUUUGGAGCUUCAUGAUAAAAUUGCUGCAUCCAUAGAUAAGAUCACUCCAAAUUCCAUUAGAAAACUGGAGGAACAAACAUUUCAAUUAUUUAGUGCAAAGAAUUACUUCGCUUUAAAAGAGGUUAUUAGUAUAAUCGAAAAUUUCUUACUCUUGUUUAAUCCUUCUAAUAAAUAUGAUUUGUGUAGAUAUUGGCAAUCUUUGGAGGAAAAUGGAUUUGACCCAGUGUUGGAAUAUAACAAAGCUGUUGAAGGUUUUCAAAUCCACUAUCAUCCAAAUGCGGAGGAUAUGUUUAGAAUCAUUAUUCAGAUCUCUAGAUUUCUAAAGGAAUUCGGAGAUUUCGAAACAAAAAACACACCAGUCUUUAGACAUCCUCCUAUUAUUGGAAUGCUAAAUGAUCUCUAUGAUAUAGGGUUGUUGUAUGAAAUACUAAAAUUGGAUCUCUAUUAUGAUAAAGCUCCAGAAUUGAAGUAGUUUGACCCAGCCAAACAUUUAAAGCGUGUAGCUAAACCAUAAACAGCUCCAGUAUUAUCGAAGUAGGAAUCCUUAAAUGUUGAAAUAGCCUAAAACAGAGCGGAAAUUAGGUCUCACUAUUUGAAGUAACUAAGUAAGCCAGCUGAACCUACCGAUAAUGAGGAGGAAUAGCCUUAAUCUGUGGAUUAAUUGGCUGAUGAAAUUGAUUAGAAAUUAAGAAAAACUCUGUAAGCCAAAGAAGAAAACUUAUCAGAAGAUCUGCUCUAAUCAACUGAAAGGGAAUCAACAGAUUACUAUUAUAAGAGAUGGAUUUGGAUUCAGUUUCCUUGGGCAUGUAUGAGUAUCAGUAAAAAGUGUGACUAUUCAACUGUGAUUAAGCAAUGCUUUUCAUCUGCAACUGAUUACAUGAGUGUAGAGGACGAGAAUGCUUUUACUGAAUCUGCUCUAAAAAUAGCACUAGAAGCAAAAAGAAAGAAAAAGGAAAUGUAUGAAUAAAAACACCAUGAAGAAUUAAGAUUGCAAAUUAUCCCAUAAAUUUCAGUAUUAUAAUAGAAGAAUAUGGAUGAAGUUAUGAGAAAAUAAAAAAGAGAAUAAUUAGACUUUAGUUCAAUUUCUAGCGCCAGAUUUGAUAGAUCCACUAUUUCUGUCUUGCCUCCAUUAUCAACCAGAAGUUCAUAAGCCAAGAAAUUUAGUUCUCCAGACAAUAUAUAUCCUCAUCUCAUGUUCAUUACAUCUGAUUUUACAGAUUCUAAUCAUCUAAACGAAGAAUCAAAAUCAAUAAAACUAACUUAGAGUAGCGUGCCUAAUGAUGGCAAAUAAACUAUGUAAUUACUUGAUGAGAUGAAAUCAAAAAAGGAACGAAUGAAACAGUUUUCAACUUCCUCCAUUCAACAUUAUUCUUACAAAGUUACUGAAAUCUUUCCAAUUAUCAAAGGUUCCAUCCAAAAUCACUCCAAUUCACAAUUAAAUGUCUUAAAUAGUUAACUGAGAAUGAUGAAAGGGAAAUUGGAUUAGAUUAGUUAUGAGAAUCUAUAAUUGGCCAAGACUUAUAAACUCUUAAAGAUUAUGGAUUUUAAUAAAGGAUAUUUGGUAAGAGAAAUGAAUAGUUUGGAUGGAUUGAAAUAGGCACUUGAAAUGUUAAAGAAACAAACUGAUAUAGCUGAGAAAGACUUAAAAAGAAGUUAUAAAAUGAAGACAAGAGUGAAGAAGAUCCUUAAAAUUUGCAGAGAUAAUAAAUAAUAAAAUGAAGAGUAUAUUAGAAAUUUAAAUUACUUAACUAGAAACUUCAUUAAGUUAAUUAAAUUCGAAGAGCAGGAAAUUAAAAAAAGCUAGCUUAAUAUAAAAUAUGCAAAAAGAUAAUUUGAUGAAUUUUUAAAGGUUUAUAGGGAAAAAAGAAAUCAUUAAAGGAACUUAAUUUUUUAGAUUAAAGAUAGUUUAUAAUAAAAAAAAUACCUAGACAAAUUGUUCUAAGAUGGGGAUAAAAAGAUUGCUGAUUCAGCUAAUGCAUCUAUUAAAAAAUUAAGAAAAAAGUUAGCAAAAAAAGAAGAUGAUUCUAAAAAUAAAAAGAAUAAAGAGGCUUAGGAAAAAGAAGAAAAGCUUCUCAGUGAAAAACUAUAAUUGUUAGCAGCUUCAUAUGAGAAAGUCAAAGGAGGGGUGUUCGAUAUUAAGAUAGAAAAUUAUAAUUAAACCAAUCAAUUCAUAGAUUUCAUGGCUUAAAAAGAUAGAAAAAGUGAAUAUGAGAUUAAACUAUCUGAAAGAAGGUAGAAAUAUACUGAAGUCAAAGAAUAAGAAAAAAAAUUAAAUGAACAAUUAAAUACUUAUUAAAAUGCCUAUUUAUCUCUAAAUAUUCCACAACAAUAAGAAACAAAAACUGAAGGUAAUAAUGUUAUAUACUAAAAUAUCUUAGAUCCAAAUAAUGACAAGAUUUAAUCCACAAAUUUAUAGAAGCAAGAACAAUAUCUGAAGAAGUUAAUGCUAUUAUAAGCGAAGUUAGCCAGUUCAUUAGAACAGAUUAACGAUAAGUGUAAAAUUAAAAAAGAUGAUUCUGUAUAAUAUGUUUAAUAUCAUAUUAGAUAAUUGAAGAAUUAAAGAAGAGAUAACAAUUGAUAAUUAAAAAUGAGGGGGAAGCAUCUUACAACAAUCUUAUCAAGGAGAAAUAUGAUAUUGACUCCUUAUUAAAGAAAAGUGCACCCUUUUAUUUUCCUAAAAGGUAUACAGUUCAUGGUAGUAGGUAACCAAGUGAGGAAUGA